UGCCGGCGGAAGGCCCCCGGCGUGCGGGGCCGGGCGUUGCCAUGGUGACGGGGGAAGCGCGGCGCGGCCUGCUGCGGCCUUGGGCGCAGGGGGCAAGGGGCAGGCCCGGCCCCAUGGCCGCCGAGGUGGUGGUGGUGGGAUCCUGCGUCACAGACCUCGUCAGCCUUACCACGCGAUUGCCAAGAGCUGGAGAAACUGUCCUUGGACAGAAGUUUUUCAUUGGUUUUGGUGGGAAAGGAGCCAAUCAAUGUGUCCAGUCUGCUCGACUCGGGGCCAAGACCUCGCUGAUCUGCAAGGUUGGGAAGGAUUCCUUUGGCAAUGAUUAUAUUGCAAAUUUGAAGAAGAAUGGUGUUUCUACAGCAUUUGUAGGUCAGACUACAGAAGCUGCUACUGGAACUGCUUCAAUAAUUGUCAACAGUGAAGGGCAGAAUGUUAUUGUCAUAGUCCCAGGAGCCAAUCUGCUUUUAAAUUCUGAAGACCUGAAGAGAGCUUCUGAUGUCAUCUGUAAAGCCAAAGUGGUUGUCUGCCAGCUAGAAAUAUCCCCUGCUGUUUCUCUUGAAGCACUGAAAAUGGCACGUGCCAGUGGAGUAAAGACUUUAUUUAAUCCAGCUCCAGCCGUUGCUGACCUAGAUCCACAAUUCUAUACUCAUUCUGACAUCUUCUGCUGCAAUGAAACUGAGGCAGAAAUUUUAACGGGCAUCCCAGUUGGCAACCUUGAAGAUGCUGGAAAGGUGGGACACAUGCUGUUAGAAAGAGGGUGUAAGCUUGUAAUUGUUACUCUUGGAGCAGAAGGCUGCAUGAUGAUAUCAGUAGAAGAACCCAUUCCAAAGCACGUUCCUGCUGGGAAGGUCAGAGCUGUGGACACUACGGGAGCUGGAGACAGUUUUGUGGGAGCACUCGCCUUCUACAUGGCUUACUAUCCCAAGCUACCCAUGGAGGAAGUGGUCAGGAAGUCUAACUGUGUUGCCUCAGUGAGCGUCCAGGCAUCAGGGACACAAUCUUCGUAUCCUUACAGGAAGGACUUGCCUCAGGACCUUUUCUAAUUGAUAUUGUCUAGCUCAAUGUACUGAUUUUAUCUUAUCCCAGACUGCAUUAUUCUCCCGACUGCACAGACGUUCCCCUCCACUGACUGGAAAGAGCAGGAAAAUCUCUUUGCUUCUCAUUUGAGGAGUCCUGUUAGCUCCUGUUCUACGGUUGUAAAGAUGGGGCAGGCUGGUUGUCUUUCAGACACAGCACAGCAGCUCUCUCUGGCCCCACACGUAGCCACCGGGCUGUGGCCAUCCCCCAGCACACCAUCCUGCACGGGAUACAGGCAGAGCUCACAGCAGCACGUCUGGAGGGUAUUGGGCCCCUGGUAAGAUUUUGACCUGAUUUUAUCAGAACUCGAGGGGCGAUGCCAGCACCGUGCUCUGCAGCCUGCCCACCCACAUAGGGUCCUUCGUAUGGGAAGGGGGCUGAGAAUGCUGCUGAGCUGACUCUGAAAUACGUGUCGAGCUGUAUUGCCCUAAACAGAGGUGGGACAGCUAGAGAAAACCCUCCAGCAAAUCCUGUCAGAGAUUUGGCAACCUACUUUCCCCACAUUCAGUAAAAAUCCAGAAGCUAAAAACCUGGCCUGCUUACCUGGCCUGAAGCACUGCAGCCCUAUUAGCCCUGCUCACGGCUUUAUCCACCAGCACAUCUUGUUCCACCAGGUUCCCACUUCUCCUUCCUGGCCCAGGAAGGAGCUGGCGCGGCGCUGCCCCUCCAAGGAAUGACACCACGUCGUGGUCACUACUGUUGAAUCUGCGGCUGGUAGGUUAGAAAAACUUGCGAUCCUGCCAUUGAAUUCCUGCUGUGGAAAAUGUUAAUUUUUAUUGCCUUAUAAAACAAUAGUUCCUUUGAAGAUUACAGCCUCUUUCACAAUGGAAAACACAGACAAUGGGAUUUGCUAUUUAAUUUUUUUUAAUUGAGUACUGUAAAAAUAACUCAAAAGAUAAAUAAAUGUUACUGUGAUGAUCUAUGUCCAGAC